AAUGACUAUGUUACAGAGUGCAGUGUACAUGCAGCAGGAGCUCUCUCUCUCUCUCUCUCUCUCUCUCUCUCUCUCUCUCUCUCUCUCUCUCUCUAACACCAAACGGGAAAGCAAGCUUCAAGUUCAGUGAACAUCCACAGCAUCUAGGAUUUCUCUCCCCCUCCCACUCAAAUUACUUCUGCAAAUGAAUACUGCCUAACCUCCCCAAGGAAAAAAAAUGGGCACUGGGGAUUAUAUCUGCAUCACCAUGACUGGAGGAGCACCCUGGGGCUUUAGACUUCAAGGUGGCAAGGAAGAAAAGCAGCCUUUGCAGAUUGCCAAGAUUCGCAAUAAAAGCAAAGCAUCCAAGGCUGGGCUGUGUGAAGGGGAUGAGGUGAUAUCUAUCAAUGGCAACCCUUGUGGCGACUUGACCUAUUCUGAAGUUAUCGCUCUGAUGGAGGGCUUGGCUGACACUCUCCAGAUGCUUAUCAAGAGAUCUUCCAGUGGAGUGAAUGAGACCUUCAGUCCUGAAACAGAAAAUGGCAGUGGCAUUAAAAAUGAGGAAUAUAAAGAGAGCACUACCCUGCAAAUCAGAACAGCAGCGCCCAGACCCCACCGACAACUGCAGGUCAUAGAGGCAACCCAUGAAACACUCCAGAAAGAGCAGCAAAGCGAUGCCGAAAGAGAUAUCACCCCUUCUCACAAAAUCCCUCCCAAAGUGAUAGAAGCCCCUAAAACACACUUCAUAGAGGUGCCUGCUUUCACUGGGGAAAAGCCAGGACCGACAGUUGAGCUCCAGUUGUCCCUCUUGCAUGACAAACACAGAGGCAGCAGUGUUCCCAGCCUGACUGUCCUAGGAGCUGAACAGCACAAGUCCUCAGAAGCGGGAGCCACCCUACCGCAAGAUGGGACCAGCUGGCUGACUGCAGGUCCCGCGGCUGAAAAAGACCACGCUGUCCAGUGGUCAGGCAGAACAUUCCAGGCUGCUAGCGGCAAAGAGGUCAAAGCAGACCUCGGAGCGGAGACAAAGGAGCCGUCUCUCACCAAGGUAGAGGUGAUCCUAGACUGCUCUGACAGGGCAAAGGAAGAGUUCGGGUCUUUGGCCGAAAAGGGGUGUGUGGAUUCUCAAGUGGAAGGAGGGCAGUCAGAAGCACCUCCUUCUGUAGUCUCCUUCGGAAUCUCAUCAGAAGGCACAGAGCAGGGAGAAGACGACCAGCACUCUGAAAGGGAACAUAGCAGACCUCACAAACACAGGGCAAGGCACGCCAGGCUCAGACGGAGCGAGAGUCAGUCAGAGAAGCAGGUGAAAGAAGCCAAGUCUAAAUGUAAGAGCAUUGCCCUCUUGCUGACAGCAGCUCCAAAUCCCAAUUCCAAGGGGGUGUUGAUGUUCAAGAAGCGUCGCCAAAGAGCCAGGAAAUAUACGUUGGUCAGCUACGGGACUGGGGAGCUAGAGCGUUACGAGGACGAGGGCGAAGAAGACGAAGGUGAAGAAGGUGACAAAGAGAACGCUUUUGAAAUUACCUUGCUAGGCACGAGCGAGUCGGAAAUCGAUGAAGAUUUCUUCUCCGACAUUGACAAAGAAGAUCGGAUUGUGACAUUUGACUGGGAUACUGGACUGCUUGAGGUUGAAAAGAAACCAAAAAGUGGGGACGAGAUGUCUCAGCUGCUUCCAGAAAGCAAGGGCAAGGGGGCAGUCAUGUUUGCCAAAAGGCGUCAACGGUUGGACCAGAUCACGGCUGAGCAGGAGGCAAUGAGGAUGCAGGCAGGGCACAGCUCCUCUGAGGAACACCAGGCAGCCACAGCAACCGAGAGCACCUACAAAAUGAGCUCCUCCUCAUAUCAGGCAAAACAGGAAGAAUCUUCCAGGGUGAAAAGCCAUGUUAGCAAAAGCUACAUAGAAGUGAGCCAUAGUCACGGUGCAGCAAUUCAGCAAAAUGGCAUCGGGAUCACUCCCGAAGCAAACCUGAUGUACCCAUCCUCAGAAGCCCUUAAAACUGCUGCUUCCAACAGAACAGCCAAGCCUUUCCCUGGUGUACAAAACAGAGCAGCGGCUCCGUUUUCUCCCACCAGAAGCAUGACGAGCCCCCUGUCAGAUCUCCCUGCGCCACCGCCUUACACUUCGGUCAGCCCACCCCCUGAAACCUUAUACAGAACUGUUUUGUCUCCAGUUGCCGCCAGUGCAGCGCAGCCGGCGAUAUGGUCUCCAGCAGAGUCAACAGAACAGAUCGCAUCCAGGGAUGAAAGGAUCGCGGUGCCUGCCAAAAGAACUGGAAUACUGCAAGAGGCAAAGAGAAGAAGCACCGCAAAGCCAAUGUUUACUUUCAAAGACACCCCCAAGCUGAGCCCUAACCCUGCUCUUCUGUCCCUUGUACAGAAUACAGAAGGCAAAAAAGGCGGUGCUGCAGGCUUUGAAUCGGGGCCUGAAGAAGACUACCUCAGCUUGGGAGCAGAGGCCUGCAAUUUCAUGCAAAUCCAGGCAGGCAAGCAAAAGGUCCCACCUCCUGUUGCUCCCAAACCCUCCUUAAAGGUUUCUCCCACUGCCGCAAUGCCUACUUCACCAGUCUGGUCACCUCCAGCUGUGGCUGUUACUCAACCUCCUAUCUUUCCAGCUCCAAACUCCCCUGAAAUGGCAGCUCCAGCACCUGUCAAAACAGCCCAACCUGCUUACCCCCCUCCCCAGCCUGUCAACAUAGUACAACCUGCUUACCCCCCUCCCCAACCUGUCAACAUAGUACAACCUGCUUACCCUCCUCCCCAACCUGCUUAUUCCCCUCCACAGCCCCCAAGUACUCUUAAGCUAGCCAGUCCUUUUAAAGGGCCUCAAACAGCAGCGCCACACCAAAACUAUACACCCAAAACAACACCCACCACCCCAGUAGGAAAUGCUGUGCUUGCUGGAGGGGUGGGGCCAGCUUUCGAGAUGCCCCCAGCUUUGAGUGGGAAAGGAGCCCAGCUCUUUGCCAAAAGGCAAUCGCGGAUGGAAAAAUAUGUGGUAGACUCAGAAACCGUGCAGGCCAAUAUGGCGCGGGCCGGAUCACCAACUCCGUCUUUACCAGCAUCUUGGAAAUAUUCGUCGAAUGUUCGGGCACCACCACCUGUGGGCUAUAACCCCAUCUACUCUCCAUCUUAUCCUCUCGCUGCUACCAAGCCACAGUCAAAGUCCCCUGCUGCUGCCAAAACUACCAAGAAAAAGCCUAAGAAAGCGCUUAGCUCUUUGGAAGUUAUGAAGCAUCAACCAUACCAGCUUAAUUCAUCCUUAUUUACUUUCCAACCUCCCUCUGAUAAUAAGGAAAGUGCACUUCCUAAACAGCCUGCGAAGUUCGACUCAGCGUCUGCCUCAAAGCAAGCUCUACCUUCAAGAUCGCUCAAUGCCGGUUCUCCUUCUAAUGUCCGGGAAUCUUCAGUGUACUCUGUACCAGCCUACACUUCGCAGCCUUUCUUCCAGUCGAAUGCCUCUAGCCCUGUCAUUGAGUCCUGUGCGUCGACAGGCUACCCUUCUUUUUCGAAGCAAGAACCAGCAGCAUCCUCUAUGUUUACUGCUCCCAGGCCAAAGUUCUCAGCCAAGAAAGUUGGCGUCUCAGCACAGGAAAGAGGCGGAGAACGGUCUUUAUCACUCCCUGGAUGGCCACCUUCAGCCACUUCACGAUCCAUGUCCCCUGUCUCUCCUGUGGUGUUCCAACCUGCUCCUGAUUAUUUUAGCAAACCACCUCCUGCAGCUGAUAAGCCUGGGAAGCGGCUGACUCCUUGGGAAGCGGCCGCCAAGUCCCCUCUUGGGCUAGUGGAUGAUGCCUUCGGCCCACAGACCAUUCAAGAGUCGAUCGCUGCAAAUGUUGUGUCUGCCGCUCGCCGGAAAACACUGCCUGCCCCGCCGGAUGAGUGGAAACAAAAAGUGGCUUAUGAGCAUCCUGCUCCGAGUGCCCAUGCAAAAUUAGCUUCGCUCGGAAGGGGCCAGUCAGCGGCAUUUUUCCCUGCAAAGAGCACAGUGUCUGCUCCGAGCUCCACUGCCCCCUGCAGCUCUCGUCUACAGUAUGCAUACUAUGGCCAACGUGCCCAGACAGAUCCUGACAUGGUCUCCAUGGAUUCCAGGUCUGAUUACUACCUGUCGCUAGCUGACUCCAACUAUAACCCACUUCCAAAGGGAUGGAGGCGCCAAACAUGAAGAGCGGAAGACCCUGUUUUAGCUUCUCUUCUUGAAGUUCUACAAGUCUUAGAUUCGAGGGCGAAUUGAAAAUGUGAAGAAGUGUGUGGGACAGCUGUUUGCUGGCCUCAUAAGAUAUUGACAAAAGAGAUCAAGCGUUACCUAAAAAGUAGCACAGCAUCCGUGCUGUGGAUCCAUGAGGCUUUCAGUAGCGCAACAGCUUUUGAUACCAGCUUCAAAGAUUUUCUUUGUCUUUGGGUGCAUGUGUGUGUGUGUUAAAAGGAAAUCACAUUUGUGGAAGAAUGAAAUUCAAAGGUGAAAGCUUCAGCUGGGAAGAGUGCAACAAUUGUGGGAUUUGAAUGUUUGUAAAUUAACCAAUGAGCCUUUAUCAAGAAUGUAUCCUUGGGUCUUUUGAAAAGCUGUCUUUCUGUUUUCCAUCCUAACUUGCUUGUGGCUGGUUAAAUGUCCACCUCUUAUUUGCUGUCCAGUCUGUGGUUUUAAAGAAACUCCCUGGUCUCUGUUCAGUGUAAAUGUCACCACUGACUUUAAACCGUUUCACAGUGGUUGGAUUUUUCACCAAGUCAAAUGGGGCUUUCCCUAGUAAAUCAUGGAUUAGGGAAGGGCCGGAGCAAGUAAAGAUUCCCUAAAUCAGGGAUAGCCUCUUGAUGUUGUUAGGCUCCAGCCCCCAUCAGCAUGGCCAAUGGUCAGGGAUAAGAGGAGUUGUAGUCCAGCAAAUCAGAGUUGACAAUGCUGAACCAGGUGAACAAAUAGUCUAAUGGUAUACGGCGGCCUCCUAAAUUCAUGCACAACUUGUUGUCAAGCUCUGCUCCCACUUAUAAAUAUCAAAACCAUACAAUAUUUGCAUGCAAAUUGCAGGUACAAUAGACCUUUCUAAAGGGAUGAACUGUGACAAAUUUCCGGAAGAUAAUUGCAAGGACAGACUUUAGCAUUGGGGUGGGGUGGGGUGGAAAUUGCUCCUCUAAGGGUGAUUGGUUUUUUUUUUUAUGACGGGGCAAUGAAAACUGGAGACAGGAGGGAGGUUCCCCUGAGUAAGAAACCUGUUAAAGCUUAGGCCAGGGUUCCCCAAACUAAGGCCCGGGGGAUUGCCUUCUAAAUCCAGCCCGAAGACAGUCUGGGAAUUACCAUGCUUUUACAUCAGUAGAAUGUGUCCUUUUAUUUAAAAUGCAUCUCUGGGUUAUUUUGGGGGCAUAGGAAUUCGUUCAUUUUUUUUUCAAAAUAUAGUCCGGCCCCCCACAAGGUCUGAGGGACAGUGGACCGGCCCCCUGCUGAAAAGGUUUGCUGACACCUGGCUUAGGCAAACAGUUCCAGAAGCUGUAUUUUACUGCCUUUUUUUAAAAAAAAAAAAGCUGGGAAAUCACAAUUUAUAAUCGUCACCCCCACCCCCUGUUCUGGAAGUGAACUCCAGGAGGGGCAAAUACAACUGCCAGCAUCCCUCAUCAUGUUGCUUUGGCCUGAUUGAAGUUGGAAUCAGGCACCAUCUAGAAGACCGCAGGUUCCCCACCUCUGCCUUAGAGCAACACUGCUUGCUGUCUGAUGCUACUCCAACAUAUUGAAAAACUGCAAUUCAUCCUGAUAAACUUCCUCAUCCUGUUUACCAGUUCAAAAUUGGCAGCUAUGCUGGGGAAUAGCCUUCUUUGAAGCUUAUUCAGCUUGAAAUGCAGAGAGGUGAAGAAGAUGUGAUACUACUUUUCACAGACAUUCAAAGUCUAGCAAACUAGAUGGCAAGGGAAUAAGAUGGCCUGAAGAAGGGUGGCAAUGGUUUGGUGGUUUUUUGUUGUGGUUGUUUUUGAUGGGGUGGGGUGGGGGGAAGAAACAGAAUGUUCUGCAUUCUGCCAGAUCUCUAGAAGUAUUUAAUAGUCUCUCUACAGGCAUACAUGUUGUGGACAGUGAGCCUGUUGUGGCUCGUUGCAUUUUGGAUAGCUGUGCCACCUUCUUAAAAGAACCAAACGCCUGUUUCCAGCCAACGCUGGCAUGCAGAAUGCUGAUUGGUUUCUCCUUUGGCAAUUACAAAGUCACUCCCUUUUCUCUGCCACCAGCUGGGGCAAGGUUUAUAGUGAAAUAAACAGCAGGAUUGACAUUGAAUAAAUCUUUUAUCACAUAUACAAGCUGAGUGUUAGCAAAAAUAGCAUUUGAAAAGAAUCAUGGGGUAUGAAGUGCAAAGCCAUGCAGGAUUUGAAGGCAGGUAAGUGUGUUGCAAAAGGAAGAGGUAGGGGUGGGUGUCCAUUUUGAUUUCUCUCAGUUUCAUAUUUUUCCAAUCUAAAAACUUCUUGUUACAUGGUAUAGAGGCUGACCAAGCAAUUGUUUUAAAAUGGCCAUGCGACAACUCUGAUGCUGUCCAUUUUGGAAUGGGUUGUUAAGAGAGCCAACCCACGAUACUGUACAGUCCCAAGAGAUUGCCCAGCACAACCCAAAAUGUGUACUCCAAGAUCCCUUGAAACGUCAUUGUGCAUGUGCUUCAAAUCUGCAGUCAUAUUCAGCCAUGUGCAAUGCCACAAAUAGUACUCCAUAAUUCUCUUCAUAUAUGAAAUGGACUCUGUGAUAUAUGCACAGUUGUCAUUAGAGAUGAGCAAAUCUGUCAAUUUCAAUGUCUCUCAGUUUCUCAUUUUUCCACUCUUGGAUUCAGUUCUCCACAUUUCCACACAAUCCCCCCCCCCCAAAAAAAACUCCACCACUUUGAAAAUUCACUAGCAUUUAGUACCUAAUUCUCCUUAUAUACACAUUUUGGUAUUCACUUUUGCUUAAUAUAUGUAUUUUGCAAAGCAGAAUUCUGAAAUCUAAUGCAACUUUGUGUGGCAUUUUUGCCAAUAUGUGCAUACUUGUGCAUAGCCUAGUAUGUGCUUGUGCAGACCGACCGACAGGCAGGCAUAUAUACAGUACAUAGAUUCCCCCAACCUGCCAAUCUUUAGAAUAGCAAACCCGUGAGUUUCAUGGCUAAAUUUGGUAAGCUGGUCUCACAAGACCAUCCGUUUGAAGACAUGUGGCAAAGUCUGGUGCAUGUAGAAAUUAUUCCUAGUAUUUGAACACCACAGGGUGACCUCAAAAAUCACAGGGCAGAUAAUGUAAGUGGGAAGCAAUGCUUUAGAUUUUGUUCAGAGUGAUUUGGAGGCACAUGUCGCAACAUUUAUGUACUAUGCAAGUCCCUUUGGGGCCUUAGAAGUUGCAUAUGUUUGUGAAAUGUGAACCUUACCAACCCUUCAGUGGCUCACAUUCUCUUGUGUCACUAGUAGUUGAGUAUUUGUCAUGGAACAUCUGAUUUAUCGAGAUAUCAAAACAUAGAUAUAGUGCAGCUUUUCCCCAACCAGUUGCCUCUAGGCAUUUUGGACAAGCUUUUAAAACAUCUGGAAUGCAAUAGGUUGGGAAAGGUUGCUAUAGAUCAACUAUGAUUCAAGUUGUAGAAAGUCAGUUUUGUAUAGAAGUAGAUUUCUGAUAAGUGUUCAGUGGUUUGAGCCUAGUUUAAGGGAACCUGUAAAGAGACAUGCAUUAAUAUUAAUUCAAUUCAGCAAUAUCCAACCUGGUGGCCUCCAGGUGUUCUUCAACUUCAACUCCCAUGAUCCCUCACGAUUGGCAAUGCUGGCUAAAGGCAAUGGAAGUUUUGGUUCACAUCAUCUGGAAAGUAUCACAUUGGCUGUCCCUGGCUUAACCAAAGCUAGGGCCAGUCCAAGACAUUUUAUUGCCUGGGGCAAAAGGCAAUAUGAAACUCUACAUUGUGGAUUUGAGACUCAUGUGCUGGUUUAUUGGAGGCCAAAGUAUGCCCCAAGGGAUCAGGUCUCUGUUUUGAAAUGCUUUGCCUUUCUAUCUGGACCAUGAUUAAUUAGCUUCCCCCAAACAUAAAUGUAGCCAAAUGCAGCUACACACACACCCUGCCCUUUCUCAGUAUUGAAAAAACAACCAUGUCUGUUUUCUUUCUGAAUAUUUGUACAAAACCUAAUAUGGCACGGAUAAAAGCAUGAAAUCAUAUCUGAUCAGAGCAUGGAUACUUGAGGCCCCUUCAAAUAAUUUCCACAUCACAAGAAGGACCGUAAAGAGGGUGUGUGUGUGUCUUUCUGUCUGGGAUGUUCUCUGCUCCCUGAGAAUCCUGAGAACAGUAACCCUGAGUAUUGUCCUUGUUGCACCCAUCAUGACACAUCCGACCGCAGGGAAGUCAUGAGAUAACCAGGGGAUUGUGUAUGGCUAGGUAGCACAUGAUGGAACUUAUAUGGAAUGUUGCAAACCUUUAGCCCUGCCUAUCAUGGUGAGGGUGACUCUAGCUUCUCUGGUUUAAGCUCAAGCCACAGGCUCACUGAAUUCAAUGGGAGUUUUUGCUUCCCGUGGUCCAAAGGUUUUAAGAAUUAACCAUAUCUAAAGACAUUAAGCUAGUUGUGCUGACAGACAAGGUCAUGACACGAAAUCCUGCUUGGAAGAGACUCCGCAUGGACUUUUUUUCUGUUGGGUCAAACCAGACUAACAGGGCAUUAUAUAGAGCCCAUUUUUCUUUUGGCCUUGUUCACACUGUGGCAAUAUCUACCAGAGGAUUUGGUGACGGCCACCAACUUAGAGGGUUUUUAAAAGAGAAUUAAACUAUACAUGGACAAAGUGGCCACAUGUCCUGUUUCACAACCACUAUUAUUUGCUGCCCUAUUUACAUUAUAAAGAGUUCUUUUAGAAUUGACAUUGCAUUCUCAUGUAUGGUCGUUUGUUGCUCUGUUUGAUUCUCGUUUGCAUUGCAACACAGGGGUCUGUUUUUUGCUGUUUCACAAAGGGCAGCCCUUAGUUUGAAGGGCUGCCUGGUCCAAGUUUGGUUUUAAAGCCAAAGAACCCCUAAGAAGGGGAAACAAGUGCUUUGGGGUUGUCUCUCAACAGUUAGCAGCACCUGGACAGCAGACUAGGCAGGCACAGGCACUAGGUGGACACAAGUAGGGCAGUGAUAUUGUCCUCGUGUCAUGUUUAAAGGAUACCUAUAGGAUGCUGGUCUAGAUAGCAUCGUCUUAAGUUAGGUUCAGUUGUGGGUGAGGUUUGGUAUGGACAGUGUGUCUCCAGUACGUGACCCAUGAAAAAGUAAGACAAGGAAAAGAAGGGUAAAUAUUUAAAAAUGUGCAUUGAUUCAGAUGACAUUCCAAAAAUGUAUGCUAAGCCUACAAACGAAGAUGUUAAGGUGCUUCCUACUGCCGUGCUUUACAAUAGAACGAGAGUGAAUUUAAAUUCUGCUCUGAAAAACCUAAUCUGGAUUUGCCAUUUCACUGACAUGCCAGGAUGUCUGCUUUUAAGAAAAUGUUAUUAAUGUGCAGAGGGGGUGCCUUAUGAUUUAGGAGUUCAGAUUUUGCAAGGUUUAUUGUAACUAGCUUGGCGAGGAAUGGCCACAUGCUUUGCUACAAUCUAUUAAACUCAGCUUCUCUUAAAUGCCGAUGCUUUGUUUAGAAAACUGCAAUGGAAGAAGAGAUACUAUGCUUGGUAAGAUUAAACUGAUGGGGCAAAAAGCAAAGUUUCAGGAGAUCAGAUGAGACAGCAGAAAAGGAAGAGGGAGAUCAGAUUAAGAUGGGGCAUGAAUGCCACUUAAAAACUUGAUGGGUUUAGUGGUUUGUGGCUACACUGGUGGUGUACUUCUCAUUUUUGCAGUGUGAUUCACUGACCAUACAUAUAGUGAUCAACUGCAUUACGCCAAUGUGUGUGGUCCUGAAAUCACUACAGGCUGAUGAGAAUUUUGACUGUCAUAGGCUGUGAAAGUAAAGGUUUCAGAGGAGGCUUAAUAUAAAGAAAAUCUUUGGAAGUUAGGACAGGUAUUGCUUAAAAGGCUGGGAACUGAUGCACAUUUGUUGCAUUGUUGAAUGGGUAAAUAGAAGCUCAGCUUUCUUGAAAUUACUCUUAAAAGGUAAAGGGACCCCUGACCAUUAGGUCCAGUCGUGACCGACUCUGGGGUUGCGCGCUCAUCUCGCAUUAUUGGCCGAGGGAGCCGGCGUACAGCUUCCAGGUCAUGUGGCCAGCAUGACAAAGCCACUUCUGGCAAACCAGAGCAGCACACGGAAAUGCCAUUUACCUUCCCGCUGUAGUGGUUCCUAUUUAUCUACUUGCAUUUUGACGUGCUUUCGAACUGCUAGGUUGGCAGGAGCUGGGACCAAGCAAUGGGAGCUCACCCCGUCACAGGGAUUUGAACCGCUGACCUUCUGAUCAGCAAGCCCUAGGCUCUGUGGUUUAACCCACAGCACCACCUUAGGAUCCCAUUUAUUACUGAAAUAACUGUGGAACAUCAGAAGGACUGAAGUAGCUUGUGUUGUGCAGUGCACAGUUUGGUUUAGCAUUACAUCUGAAGCCGACUCCUGGUUUGUUUUCCCCUAAUAAACCAUGGGCGGUAAGAAAAAUCACACUCUUUUGCUUUGCUUGCACUGCACACUUUCCUACAGCCCCACUUCUUUUAUUGAAAUAGGUAUGUGCAAGUUUUGUGUGAGUUCUGAACAUUCACUCAAGAACUUUACUUUUUUUUCCCCUGUGCCUGUGUGUAAAGGUACAGAUCCUAUCUGCUGAAGGAAGAAAAUACUCUGGCAGUAUUAAGUAGCUGUUACUGACAUUCCAACAGAUUCUUACAUCACAGAGAUUUCUGCAUAAAAGAUGCCAGAGACUCUGAA